UUGCACAGUAUUUUAUCAGUUGUAGUUUUGUUGUUGGCGUUGCUGAAUAUACCGAAAAAUCAUACUGAUUAUAUAGGCUUUUGUCUUUAAGAGCAUGGUCAAAAUGCUAAACAAGAGUUUAUUCUUGUGCUUAGCGAUAAUUCUCGCAAGCAUUUUGUCUGUUUCCGCAGAGGACAAGAAUAUAACGUUUACACUUUCAGCCAAGAAUUUGCCGUCGAGCCAACAUGAUGACCUUUCAAAGCUCGACCCUUUCGUCAAGGUUUACCAAACUGUUCAGGAUAAAGCUGAAUUAGAAAGCAUUGGAAAGACUGAACCAAUCCUUGACGAGGUAAAUCCCGAAUGGAUAGAAGUAUUUUGGAUUGUUCACAAGCCUGGAACAUCUCAGAAACUGAGAUUCGAAAUAAAAGAUCGUGAUCUGCUGAAACAAGACGAUGCGAUUGGAGGAGCAGAAGUUGAUUUGGAUGAUUAUGUCUCUAAAGGUGAAAAAAUAACGAUUGACAUCAGUGGCGUUAGUGGGGCAACAUUAUCAAUGGAAAAGACUACUCCAAUCCGGUUCAGACUAUCAGCCAAAAACCUUCCCAAAAAAGACAAGCCCCCAACAAUAUUUCAAGCAUUUACAUCUGAUCAGGGUGAGAGCGAUCCAUAUGUUAAGUGCUACUUUCGACGCGGAAUCGGUGGGGCUGAUAGAAAGUAUGCGACAACGUCUACCAUAGAUAAUGUCAUUGACGCAGAUUGGAGUGAUGACAUAGAAUUUGGAAACUAUCAACCAGGAACAGAUCAGUACUGGCGAUUCAAAGUAAAAGAUGCUGAUUCGACAAGCAAGGAUGAUGAUAUCGGCGAGGUGGUUUUACAAAUAGAUCAAUUUGUAAAAGAGAAAACCGCCAAAGUAUUAAAACUCCAAUCCAUUGAAGACGCAUCUGACACCGGAGCAACGCUCACUGUAACCCCACUCUAGGUUUUGUCUUCUGAUAAAGCAGACACAAAAUCUGUGUCAUUAAAAUACAUUUAAUGUAUUUACAUGCAUACGUAAUAAAUAAAUACAUACGUAUUGAACAUGUUGUUUUUAACACAAAGA